AUGUUACUGCUACAACCAGAAAACUUACUUAUUCAAAAGACCUUCACCAAGGCCUUUGCCAGUGAUUAUGAACCAGUUUCUCUUGACCGGAUUGUCACAGAUUACGAUUUUACAGCCUAUCACAUUUCAACACCAAAAGAGAAGACUGCAAUUCUUCUAUCCUUAAAUAUCAAAUGCUGGGACGAUCUUAUCCAACAUGGAACUUUGGAUUUACUUGAGUCCAUCUAUUCUAAGUACUCUACUUUCCUCAGUAUACUCUCUGGGGACAAUGCAGAACCAGGUUACAACUACAGUCUUUACGUUGAUUUGAGCAAGGUUAGCUUGAAAACGGCUGAGGAGAAGUCUGCUCUUAUCAGCGAGCUUUCUUUAUUAAAAAGAAACUGCUUUGCAGCUCCAUUCCUUGAAACUUUUGCAAGAUACGAAGUUCUUGCCAAAGAACAACCUGCAGAUCCAAACAAUAUUUAUGGGGAAGAGGCCAGAAAAAGUUCCAAAGAGCCUGUCAUCACAUUGCACUAUAGGGAUAAUGAAUCGAUUUUUAUAAAGCCAUCGAAUGAUCGUGUCACUGUGAUUUUUUCGACGAUCUUUAGUGAUGAGACGGAUAAAGUUUUCUCGAAGGUGUUCUUGCAAGAAUUCUCCGAUGCCAGAAGAAGAUCUAUACAGAAGGCCCCUCAAGUGAUAAAUUCGCAUCAUGAGAUUCCACUUGAGAUUCAAUCGGUGGAGAAGGAGAAUAAGGAUAAAAAGAAGACCUACAUCACAUUUGUUUUAUUCCCAAGGCAUUUAAGCACAGAAGAGGUGAAAUGGAACACCAUUACACAAAUUGAGCUUUUCCGCUCAUACUUCCACUACCAUAUCAAGAUUGUCAAGUGCUACUUGCACCAGAGAAUGAGAUUCAGGGUGCAGAGCUUUACUAAGAUUUUGAACCGUGCAAGAAGAGAUGUUUCGGAUGAGGAGUUGAGGGCUGAAAGGAAGACUGCUAGUGGAAGGAGGUUUGAGGCAUUAAGUUGA